UUAUCAAAUAUGGCGGACGCUUUGGGGGACGAAUGGUGGUUGAGUGAAAAAGACGUCGAGGAUACAGAGAUUGAAACAGAACGGAAAAAUAAGCGGCGAAAAGGUGAAGAUGUCGAAGGUCAUUCGGAGAACAACAGCAGUAAACAAAUAAAGCUCAGUGAUGAUGGUCCAAAUGAAUCAAAAGCAAAGAAAAGGAGGAAAAAGUCUAAGAUUGAAAGUAUAUCAACAAAACUUCAUGGCUCAGAAGCACCAAAUGUAUUGUGGUCAACUUUCUGUGACAGUACUGCAGGAUCACUGACAACAUUAGAACUUGAGGAUGUGAGCAUUGAUGAUUCCUGUUGUUUGGUGGAUGAUUCUAUUCACAGCGGAUCUCUAAAUGAACUCCUUUCUUACCUGAAUAAUGUUGUUCCUCAGUGGACAAGAGAUGUGGAUAAACUAAACAAUAAAGGUGAUCAUGGCUCUCCCUUGCUCCUGUUUGUUUCAUCAGCAGCUACAAGAGUUGUGGAACUUAACAGGGCAGCGACAGAAUUCAAAGGAAAAUGCAAAACGGUUAAAUUAUUCGCCAAGCACAUGAAGGUUUCAGAGCAGGAGCGGUUUCUAGAGUCCCAGGUGGUUCAUUUCGGUAUUGGAACACCAAGUCGAAUUUUAAAGCUAAUACAGAAUGAUUCAUUAAAAACUAAAAGAUUGAAGUAUGUAAUUCUUGACUGGACAUGGAGAGAUCAAAAGCUGCGGAGAAUGAUAGAUAUACCAGAAGUGAGAGGAGAACUCAUUUCGUUGUUGAAGGAUUUUAUUUUUCCUUUAGCAAAAGCUUCAAAGCUCAAGAUUGGAUUAUUCUAAUGCUGGAACAUGCCCCUUUUUCCGGUGGUAAAUGUACAUAGCUAACUGGCACGGAAUGCAGAUCCGAAUUCCUUUGAUUACAGCGAACAAAGUUUAUUAAAAUCUGUAUAGACUUUCCCACGUUAUUCACACACAACUUUAUCCAUCACUCCCUUCUUAUUCUUUUCAAUUACGAAAUGUCUUAUUCUCCAAACCGAGUCAGUUUACAACACUCCUAAAACAUUAGAACUCUCGUAAGAUCGUCUAAGGAAGGGUGUUUAUUUAAGAAUGGCCGUAAUGUGACCCAAGCCUCUGUCUCUAAAUCCUUCGCCUUCUGUUUAGACCCAAGUAAGGCCUGUCUCUCUUUAAUGCGUUUCAACUUUUCCUGUUGUAGCUCUUUCGUUUUCUCAGAUAUUAAGUUCCUCAAGGAUUCUUUUAGCGCACCCAACUGAUAUUCUGUGAGUUUUUCCAGUUCGUCGCUUGUGAAUUUCGCUUCCGUUUCAUGCUGGAACAAAGCCGCGAAGAGUUUGCACAGAAAGGCAAACGGACUGAUCGCGCUAUUGGAUUUUACUUUGAAACGCUUCAACUUCACGUCAAUAUUUCGUUCUGCUACUAAAUACUCCCGAAUCCUGGAGUAGAGAGUUUGCCUUUGCGUUUUCUUUAAUAUUUUAACGCAAUUCCUGCAUGUAGCACUUUGAUUUCUUUGAGAGCGAAUCUCUACGACGUAGCUUGUAUCUGUAGGGUCUACAGGUUCACUUCCUGUUGUGCUGUUGUAAGCGACAGUUUGGUCCUUAACAUCGACACAAACGGAAUCUGCCAUGGUUUGCUUCUUUUCCCAUCAACGAAUAAGUUACUUUCUUAAACCAAAAUGUGCGUCAUAAGUGAACAAACACGUGAAGCGCGCGCGCUGAGGAAGCGAAAGCCGAGGGGACGCGCGUUUCUCCUCCGGCGGGAAGAUUUGGGACACGUCGGGGAGAAGUUUGCCGGGGCUCUAGCAGAGCUUGACCUUUCACAGCCAUCUUGCCGGCUCCCGUCGGUCAAGGCUUCUUAUUUUCUCGCGGGCGGGAAAACGCUCGCGCCGAAGUGCUACUAACAUGACCUGCUCGUAGGCUAACUGUGAAUUCUUUCAUUGAGGUCAGAAUUUUAAUAAUCCUUUCUCCA